UUUCAAAAGUCAUUAAAAAAUCUUAUUGAACUCUAUCGUUGUGGAGAUUGAAAUGAAUUGAUUUUUGUAAACGUGAUAUUCGCCUGAAUGGCCGUUAGGAAAUUGGAUUGAGAUUCAACGUUAGUUAGGGAUUGAUAUUCAACGUUGAGUGGAAAUAAAUGAUAAAACCAAACCGAAUAGUGUUUGUAAAAUUUGCGAUGAUUUGGUUGAUCAAUUUUACACUUUCAAACGUUCCUGUCGUUCAAUUCAACUUGAUUUCGAAAACGGAUUCAUCAUGAAAUCUAGGGAACUCACUGAACCGAAACCUAAACUUGAAAUAGCUACCGUGAUUGUAGAUGCGAUUAAGUCGAAAAAGAAAAAGUCGGAAAUGAAAAAGUCGAAAAGAGAAGAUGAUCAAAAUUUCACGAACGUAGAACCAAUAUCCAACGAUAUUAAUGCGCUUUCUCAGAAAGAAGAUUCCCCUGUGAGGAAGCCUUGGCUUUCACUGGACGAACCAGAGUUUACACCGCAAACAAAGCGAAAAGGACCAAAGAAAGCACACAAACAGAAGCCAAAAUCUGUCGUUGAGGGACCACGGGUAGUCAUACCACGUCCAUGGCGUCGGAAAUUUAAGGAAGCAGCGGAAUUGUCAUCAGAGGAAUAUCGACAGUAUGUGGCACAGAACACCAACCAUAAACAAACAAUUGUGAUAUGUGAGCUAUGCGGAAGAAGUGUGAACAUCAAUCGAAUGGAUGGGCACAGAAACAGACACCUUGGGUUGCAACCGUAUGAAUGUGAAACCUGCGGAGAUAAGUUCAAUUGUAAGCUGAACCUGCGGAUCCAUUGGCGAAGGAAUCACGUACAGGGCGAAGAAGUGAAGUGUAACGUUUGCGGGAAGCUGUUUGUUAGUAAGAUAGCAUUACACUCACAUGAGAAAUAUGUUCACUCCGAGCGAAAACAUCAGUGCACGCUAUGUCCACUGAAAUUCUUCACUAGAUACGCCUUGAGCAGACACAUGAAAAUUCACAAUCAGACGCGGGAUUUCAAGUGUCCGUUAUGUUCGAGAGCCUUCUAUUGUAAAUCCGUGUGGAAUAUUCACAUGCGAACGCACAGCGGUGAGACACCGUAUCAGUGCAGUGUAUGCAGUAUGGCCUAUGUGCACCGGAACAUGUACGUAGCACACAUGCAGAAGAACCAUCCCGGUCAACCGUUAAUGUACCUGAGCAGAAAGAAAUCGUUCAAAGAUUCAAUGAUGAAAAAAACUCUAUAAACAUAAGUUAGUAACCUAUGGGUUUAUUUAUUUAAAAAACUUAAAUUGUUUCAAAUUUAU